UUGUGCUUCAAUUCGAUAUUCGUUUAGACAAGGUGAGUUUGUGAAUUUGUUUUUUAAUGAAAUUAUAACAAAAAUCAUCCCUAAAUUGUCUAAAAUGAUUGCUAUGUUCAAAGAUGAAAAAAAAAAAAACUUAAUUAGAUUGAAACAUAUUCGCCGCGCGUUUGUAAUAAGUGGUUAAUGAAAUUCACAGACAUGACAACAUGACUAUCAUCCGCUACCCCACUGAGUUUCUCGCCGGAUCUUCUCAGUGGGUCGCGUUUCCGAUCCGGUGGUAGAUUCUGCUCUCGCUAAGGUUCGUGUUAGCAACAGUGUCAGGUUUGAGCCCCGCGAGCUCACCUACUAAUCCGGUGACGCUGACAUGGUCUCUCUACACAAAAAAAAUCAUCCUCUUUCAAAUUUUAUUGCUGCGCCUUGAGUGGAUCGUAAAAUCUAUAUGAGUAAAUAGUUUUCGUUAAAUAUAAACCUACUUUUACAAAUGGUGUCCACGUAAUGAUUAUGCAAGAUUGAUCGAUUUGUCUACACACAAAAGGUUUUUUUAUAUUAUAUUGCUUAAUUGGGUAGACGAGAGCUCACGGUUCAUCUGGUGUUACGGGGUCACCAGCGCCUAUAGACAUCAGCUACAUGGAUGCCGCCAAUCACCAUGAAAAAAUGAGUUUUAAGUCUCAGUUUAACUGUACAACGGCUGCCCCAUCCUUUAAACUGAAAUGGUACCUACCCUUGCAGGCUCACAAAUGCUCAUGUCGCAGUUUCAUUACCUAAGUAUUUGGUAAUACUAGAUUGUGCAAAAUUAUAAAAUUAAAUGUGUUUUUUUUAUUUUCAGCCAAAAAAUGAAAACUAUCAUUGCCUUUUCUGCCAUUCUUGCCGUUGCGGUGGCAUUACCGGCGCCGCCCCUAGUGCAACUCGUUGUCAACGUCAACGCGCCCGCACUGGCCCCAGUCGACGUGCCUACCCCAGUGGACCCUAUUCCUACCCCUGUUGACCCCAUUCCCAUCCCAGUCGAUCCCAUCCCUACUCCAGUUGAGCCGGCCCCCAAACCCGAACCGGUUAUUUUACCAGAACCGGUUCUCCCAGGCGUCAUCGCUCCUGAGCCCGUGAUCCUGCCGGAGCCUACGCUACCCGGUGUCGUGGUACCAGAGCCCGUGAUCCUGCCGGAGCCUACGCUACCCGGCGUCGUGCUACCAGAGCCCGUGAUCUUGCCCGAACCAGUCUUCCCUAUUAUCCCUGAGCCGGCUGUGGUUCUUCCCGAAGAGUUGAACUGAAUCUGAAGAGUUUACUUUGAUCGAAUAUUAUUGUUUGUUUGAAUUUUAAUACUAAGUAAUAGAUAUAACUAACAUAAUAACACUAAAAUGGGAAUACAAACAAGAUCCAUUGACAAUAAGUUCCGGUCCUUCCCCGGUCUAGUAUCACCUGAAAGGAGCUUCUGCGUAUGUUAGUAGGCUUAACAAUAUUCAUCGACCCUGAAUAAAUUUGUCGUAACAAA